CGUCGACGUGCUUCGGCCGGAGCUCGCGCGGCACGGCCUCGUCGCUUUUGCCCCGGGAUGCUUCUCGCCGCGCUCCUGCCCGGGCUCGCGUCGGCGGCGACGGGCCACAACGUGCUCGUCUUCCUCACGGACGACGUCGACGUCGCGAGCAUGGAGGACCUCGAGGCCCUGGACCUCGUGCCGACCUACAGCCGCCUGCGCGCCGCGGGCACGACCUGGGACCGCGUCUUCGUGAACACGCCCGUCUGCUGCCCGAGCCGGGCCCAGUUCCUCACGGGCAAGUUCAGCCACAACACGGGCUUCGUGGCCAACUCCGUGGACACGGGCUGCAACUCCAAGGGCUGGCAGGCCGACGGCGAGACCGACUCCGUCGCGACGGUCGCAUCCGCCGCGGGCUACGCGACGUUCUACGCGGGCAAGUACCUCAACAUGUACGGCAACGGCAAGAUGGGCGGGCCGGGCCACGUGCCCCCGGGCUGGGACGACUGGCACGGGCUCCUGGGGAACAGCGUCUUCUACGACUACGAUUUGAGCGUCAACGGCGUCCGCGAGGCGCACGGCACGGCGCCGGAGGACUACCUGACGGACCUGGUCGCGCGCCGGGCCGUGAACUUCCUCGAGGCCGCGGCGGCGCCCUGGUUCGCGAUCCUGGGGACGCCCGCGUCCCACGACCCCUUCGAGCCGCGGCCCGACCACUUCGGCGCGCUCGACGGCGCGUCGCGGCCGCGGACGCCGGCCUGGAACGCGUCCGCGGCCGACAAGCACGCCAUCGUGCGCCGCCAGGGCUUCCUGAAGGCGCCCGUGGCCGACUACAUCGACCGCACGUACCGGCGGCGCCUCGAGUGCCUCCUGUCCGUCGACGAGGCCAUGAACGCGACGCUCGCCGCGGUCGCGGCCCGCGGCGAGGCGGACGCGACCUACACGAUCUUCACGUCGGACCACGGCUGGCACCUCGGCGAGUUCGGCCUCAACUACGACAAGCGGCAGCUCUACGAGUUCGACACGCGCGUGCCCUUCGUCCUCGCGGGCCCCGGCGUCCAGGAGGGCGUCGUCCUGGCCCACGGCGGCGGCUUCGUCGACUUCCUGCCGACGCUCUACGACAUGAUCCACGGGUCGCCGCCGCCGGCCGGCGCCUACGACGGCCGGAGCCUGCUGCCCGCGGCGCGCGGCGACGCGGACCGCGACGGCCCGUGGCGCGACGACCUGCUCCUCGAGUACUGGGGCGAGGGC